CCCAUCGACGGAGCUGCGGCGUCUUCCUCUCUCAAUUUUCCCCAGCAACCGACGCCCUCCUUCCCCAUCGACGGAGCUGCGGCGCUCUCCUUCGUCAUCCACCAAAUUGCUGACGCUAACCCAUGCUCUCCUUCCGACCGACCUACAGCAUGGCGCAUCCGCAUCGCCAAGAACUGGAUCCCCAUUGACCGAGCUCCACCAAGGCACAUCCCCAACCCUAGCAAGCGGAUCUACUGGAACCCUACUGCCCGAGCUCCACCAAACCGCAUCACCAACCCUAGCAAGCGGAUCUACAUUGUCCAAAUCGCACUGACCGGGCUCCAGCACGGCGCAUCUCCAACUCUACCAAGCGGAUCUCCAUUGUUGAAAUCGCAGGUUCAGUUCGACGAAAAAGAUCUGGAUCCGCAAAUGCUAUUCCAAUGACUACCUUCUGCGCCUCUUGCCUCCUCGUGUGCGCCACGCGUUCAUAGAUUUUCGAUCUCACUACGCAUUUGCUCAGAACUGGUUAAAGCUCGGUUGCUUCCCCGUGUUUGCUAUCUGCUAAUAGAUCUACAUUUAACUAAAGAGUGCACUACUAACCUUGGGACUUGAACGGAACGCCAAAAAAAUUGCUAGUACAAUGAUCUCACUCCACAUUUGUUCAGAGAUACUUACAAGCUGGCAAACCUUGUCUGCUUAAACAACGAGAUCGACAUUUCACUAAGGAGUGCACUACAAACCUUGGGACUUCAACGGAACGCCUAAAACAUUGCUGAUCAAGAUGGUUUUUAGUCCACUUUCAAGCUUACAACCCAGAGACUGGCACAAGACAAUCCAUGUACGCAUUUGCAGAAAAUGGGAAUUCCAUGGAAGCAAUGAAAAUGGUCCACUACAACACAUUGAUAUGGUUCUUGUCGACAACCAGGGAAAUACUAUGUACGCUGAGAUACCUGCAAAAGAAGCAGACAAGCUAGGACCUAUGAUUCAAGUGGACAGAACCUAUGUUAUAGCUCGCUUCAAAGUUUGCAAUGCAAAAAAAAUUUUCAAAUCUGUCCCAGGUCCCUAUAUGCUAGAAUUCACCUGCCAUACCAAAAUUAGUGCUGCAACCGAGCAAAUAACUGGGCCUAAGUAUAUCUACAACCUAACUCCUUUUGAAAAACUCCCAGAAUUCAUCAAUGACACCAAAAAAUUCCAUGAUAUCCUUGGCAUUAUAACAGAAAUCAAUGAACCAGAGUGGAUCCCCUUCUCCAAUCAGCCUAAUCCUUCCCUACGACGUGACAUCAAGUUGACAGAUGGAUGUGGCCAAGAGAUAAAAAUGGCAAUUUGGGGUUCGAAAGCAACACAAUUUAAAGUCCCUGAAGAUCCAAAUACGGAAGACAGACCAGCUAUAGUGCUAUUCACAGGAUGUCUAGUUAAAUACUAUCAAGAAAAUUUUUAUGUUAGUGGAUACUCUGCGUGCCAUUGGUAUAUCAAUCCUGACAUACCAGAAGCAGGAAGCCUACUAAACAGAACACAUGGUCAAUCUUACAAGAUUAAAAGAUCCGGCAUUCCAAUUGCUCAACAAAGCCAGCCAGAACCUCCACCUGUACCUGAUUUCCUCACGCUACAGGAAAUGGAAGCUAUAGAUCCAUACGAAUUUCCGGCAACUGGAUGCCGAUGCACUGUUACAAUUGUCCGUUUAGUUGAAACACAAAAUUGGUGGUAUCCAGCUUGCAACUUAUGCAAGAAGUCAUGCCUACCAGAAGGUUCAUCUUACAGAUGUCCAAAAUGCAACAUAUUGGACAUGUACACAUACAAAUACAAGCUGCCAUUUUUUGCUUCCGAUGGAACUGAAGAAUCAGAGAUGAUUGCCUUUGCUGCUGUUGCUCAAUCCAUAGUUGGCAAACCAGUUGAAACUGUGAUGAGAUCAAUAAGAAAUAGAGACAACAUUCCUCCUGAUAUUGCUGCCAUUAUAUCCUCAAAAUUCACCUUCUCUGUCGCAAUGGCAUAAUCUAGCUUCAGUAAACCAAAGAAAUCCUACCAAAUCAACAGCAUAUUGCACAACUAUGGGAAACAACGUGCUCUACCAUUCCACGGUCCAAAUCAAGCUCAACUGUCAGAUGAACAUAACCAGUUAUCUGCCCAGCCUAGUGCAAGUACUUCUCCAUCAUACAUUCCUCCUGGUAGUUCUCAAAAUCCUCUCCAUGAAACUCCAACCAAAAUACUACCGCUAGACCAGAUCCUCCUGCAAACUCCACCAAAAAACAUAGAGAUCCCUAAAAACGGCAAAGGAGAUGACAAUAUCGUUGAUCCUACACCAUCAACCGAAGCAAA